AUGUCUGCGGAUUGGAAGAAUUUUGAUGUCUCAAAGAAAGAUGCUCAGAUAGCCCUGGAAGAGAUUGGCCAAUCAACCCAUAAGCAAUCCAGAGCUAUAAAAGCAGGAAAGGAAGACGGCACCCUGGUUUGGCUAUUGAAACUUGCAGUCCUGUGCAGCUGGAGACGUUGGCAAAAGAUAACCAGAGAGGCAGCCGCUUUCAGAAAAUAUCUUGUUGCUGAGCGGAAGGAGCCAGAAUAUCCUGGCGUAAAACAGGAAGAUGUUGAGCUCCCCCAAAUCAAAGAGGAGGAGCCAGAGCCCAGUCAGCAGGAGGAAAGGGAGGAGAAACUUCCAAUCAAAAAGGAGGAGGAGGAGCUGCCAUAUGUUAAAGAGGAGGAAGGUAUCAGCAGGUCGACUGGUGAGCCUUUGAAGAGUGAAGAUGGUCCGAGUGAGGCCAGCAAAGGGGUGGAGCCUCCAAGCUGCGGAAGCAGCAGCAGCUCAACAGAACGAUUGCAACCAGACAUUUUCAUUGCUCCACCAGACAGAAAUGGCGCCACGUCACACUCUCCUUACAAUAAUGAUGGUCAUAAGAAAUCUCACUGUGACAACAAACUCUGCAAAUGCUCUCAGUGUGGGAAAACCUUUGCUGAGCAGUAUUGUUGCCGCAGGCAUAUGAGGAACCACACUGAUGAAAAAUGUUUUUCCUGCUCAGUUUGUGGUCAAAGAUUCUGUCAAAAGAGCGCCUUCAACACACACUCGAGAACCCACACUGGCGAAAAACCUUUUUCCUGAUCAUUUUGUGGUCGAAGAUUCAGUCACAAGUGCCACUUAAAUACACACACAAGAACCCACACUGGCGAAAAACCUUUUCCCUGCUCAGUUUGUGGUCGAAGAUUCAGUCAAAAGGGCAACUUAACCACACACACAAGAAUCCACACUGGUGAAAAACCUUUUACUUGCUCUGUUUGU